AUGUCAGCUCCCGAAGUCUCUCACGGCCGCGGUGGCGCGGGCAAUAUCAAUCCCGACAGCACGCCGUACGUCGACGGAGAGGUGGUUCGAGUGGGCACACCGGGCAGUCAUGGAGAUGGAGCUUUCAGCACUGGUCGUGGAGGUGCCGCCAACAUCGGCGACGCGGGCGUGAAGCAGGUCACGCGCCUCGACCAGGACCUCGUCCCCGAGGCGGCCGUCCGGCCGAGCCACGAGAACACCGACUACCACACCGGCCGCGGCGGCGCCGGCAACGAGCACCUUGCCAAGAAGCCGGAGGAUAAAGCGGCGGCGGCUGGGGAGGGAGCCGCGGCGCCGGUCGGGCUGGCGGAUAAGCUGAAGAGGAAGGUUUUGGGGCUGUUUGGGAAGAAUUUUUGCUAUGUAGCGAGUUGCAGUGGACGAGCACACCCAUUCGGAAAUAUUAGGAACGUGUCGUUGCAGCCGGCAUUCGGCGCCAUCCCUGCCUGCGUCAUGAUCUUCACGCCUCGAAGCACCUCAGCCGUCUUUGGAUGGGUUGCAGGAACCCUGCCUCCCAGCACCAUUGGCACGGCUGCUGUGAAUUUGGAAUGGGCGCCAAGAGGCGCAGGUCAGCGAUCUGUUGGCGACGGCGCCCCAGAAGAGAAGGUCACUGGGCCCGUUUGGGCGUCGAGCCCGCCCGUCGCUCUCUGGUUCCGGGUUAGCUGCCAUGCAAUCGGCGCGCUGCGCAGCACGCCUGCAGGGAACUCGCAGCAGCCCGCAGGAACUGGCCCCGUUAUUGGCAGUGUGAUCAGGCCGGCAUGCGCUUGUGAAAUCGCCACCGCCGCCGAGUACCCGUACCCAUCCUCGAGCCAUCGAAGGGGGGGGAUGGGGAUGGGUCUGGUGGCUUCGUGUUUCGAAGCUUGUGAAACGGAAUGGAGGGUGGCCGAGCAGAGAUCGAUACCCUAUAUGCCGCGAUUGGCGCUUCGAUAA